GCAUAAAAUGUCUGCAUAUUUUUGGAAUAAUCCUACAACGAUACUAUUUGCAAUUUUGGCUGUUCUCAUCUUGGAUAAUCUGUGGAGCAUGUACUUACUGCUGCGCGAGAUAGCUGUCGUUACCGAAACACGUAAGGUGCCGGACGUGCUGCGCCAGUAUUUGCCUCAGGAAAUCUUUAAUCGCAUGCGAGCCUAUAAACUUCACAAAUCCUGGUUUUCGCUAGUCAAUACGUUUAUCUUCGUGCUAGUAUUUGGUUGUCUAGAGCUUUUCUUCGGUUUCUACGCUGUUGUCUGGUAUGUGGCGAGCAAGUGUGCUUUCGCUAAAUGGAUGCAGCAGGAGCUGUUUAUAUCCGUUAUUUAUGUUUUGUUGUUGGGCAUAUAUUUGACGCUGAAGGCACUGCCUGGUGCCUUGUAUGAAAGGUUUUGUAUACCUAAACUUCACAAAAGACGAAAAGUUUCGUUAGCUCGCAGAAUUUGUGGAGAGAUUUGUGAUACUGUUGUGGCGGUAGUAACCAUCGUGUUGGUGGUGAUGGUGAUCGUCUCAUUAUGUCUUGCAUUGGGAAUAUAUUCUUUUGUCGGCCUAUUUUGUUUGUCAUGUGUGAUGACUGUUUUGCUGAUCCUCCUAAUGCCGGUUAUUAUUAUUCCUUGCAUAGGCAAACGCGUGCCUUUCGAAAAUAUGCCCCUGAAGGCGGAUCUGGAAAAGCUCACUGAAUCGAUUGGAUUUCCAUUUAGGCAGGUCUACCUCAUAAAAGUGAAUGAUCCGAACACCGGCAGUAAUGCAUUCUUCUAUGGAAGCUGUUGCUUAAAACGCAUCGUGAUUUUUGAUACGGUGCUGUAUAAUAGGGGUCUGAAAGAUACGUCAUUACUGGAGCCUGAUCAGAUUGGCAAGGGUUUGAUAAAUUCACAAGUGGUCGCUGUCGUUGCCCAUGAGCUUGGACACUGGCAUCACGGACACUUUUACAAGGCGAUCAUAAUGUUCAAGGUACAUGUCUUAAUAACUCUGCUGUUAUUUGGCAUUUGCUAUCCCCAUGGCCCGAUAUAUCAGGCCGUUGGUUUUGAGAAGGGUGUGCAGCCCGUGCUAGCGGGCUUUAUUAUAAUAUUUGGUUUUGUGCUGACCCCAUACAUGACGUUUUCCAAUUUCUUUAUGUUAAGCGUGACUCGAUAUUUUGAGUAUCAGGCAGAUGAGUUUGCCUUUGAAUUGGGAUAUGCCAGAGAUCUCCGCCAUGCGCUUUUAAAGCUUUAUGCCGAUAACCUGUCCUUUCCCAUAUCGGAUUCCUGCUACGCAAGCUGGCGACACACGCACCCCACCAUGCUGGAUCGCCUUCGCACACUUGAGGAACUGGAAACCGGCAUGGCUUGGACGGUGUGAGGAAGGGGGAUCGUAACAUCUCUGUGUAUAGUUUCAAAAAUGAAAAUUACACAAUCACUA